UAAUCAGACAGGGGGACUUUUUAGCGAGCAGUAAAGUUAACUUGAAGUGUUACGGUGAAGACAACUCUGUGAAAGCUACUUCUGGAUCGGCACACCACCUGUAUUCACUUCUGAAAUAAUGCUCCUGAUUGCAGAGCACUAAAUUCCCACAAUGAGUCUACAAAACCUGUCACUGAGGGCACUGCUGCUCCUGGGACUUUGGCACACUGGGAGUAGAAGUCUAGCCUCAGCUCCUGGGCUGCAAGAUCAGCCCAAAAAGAUAGCUGUGGUUGGAGCAGGCAUUGGUGGCACAGCUGCAGCGUAUUACCUGAGGAAGGAGUUUGGAGCUGGUGUGAAGAUCGAUGUCUUUGAACCUGGAAAUGUUGGCGGCCGAUUAGCAACAGUGAAGAUUGGGGAUUAUGAAUAUGAGACGGGAGGUGCUGUGAUUCAUCCUCUGAAUCUACACAUGAAGGAAUUUAUUGAAAAAAUAGGUAUUCCUCCGAGGAAAGACGUCCCUUCUAAAAUGGCAAUCUUUGAUGGAAAGGAGCUCACAUUUGAAGAGAGUGAUUGGUUUAUUGUAAAUUUCUUACGCAUGCUCUGGCGAUACGGGUUUAGUUUUCUUCGGAUGCACAUGUGGGUGGAGAGUAUUUUGGACAAAUUCAUGAGGAUUUACCAGUACCAGCAGUAUGGCUACUCGUUCUCCAGUGUGGAGAGGCUCUUGCAUGCCAUGGGCGGCGAUAGUUUUCUGACCCUGAUGAACCAAACCCUGGAGGAAACCAUGAUGGGUGAAGGAUUUUCGCAGAUCUUCCUUAAUGAUAUUGUUGCGCCAAUCACUCGUGUCAACUAUGGCCAAAGUGUUCGCAUCAACGGCUUUGUGGGGGCUGUGUCAUUAGCGGGGGCAGAUUCAGGCCUGUGGGCAGCGGAUGGAGGCAAUAAGAGGGUGUGCUCAGGACUGCUAUAUCACAGCAAGAGUGAGCUUAUCUCUGCCAGAGUGACUUCCAUAUCAGUCAAAGUUCGCCCAUCCAAGACAGGCACCACAACCAGCUUCUAUGAGGUCAAUUAUGUUGGAGACUCAGGUUCAGCACACUCUCUGUAUGACAUAGUGGUAAUAGCAACGCCACUUCACCAGGGGAAGUCUGACAUAACCUUCUCAGGCUUUUCCCCUCCAAUCCCGUCCCACUACCCUGGGCGCUACCACCAGACGGUCUCCACUCUGGUCCAUGGUGUACUGAACAUGUCCUACCUCGGGACCACAGAGCCGGCCUCAGAGUUCAUGGUGUCUGAUGUCCUUACCACGGACUCAAAGGGCUCUUUGAUCAACAGCCUGAGCUCUCUCGACCCUGUGCACAUCCCUCCAAAUUACAAGCGACCCCCUGCCAGCCAGAACAAAGUCUGGAAGGUGUUCUCCCAACACUCGCUGUCCCAGGAGCAGCUUCACGAUAUGUUCCUCUCCUGGGAUUCAGUGUCAGAGACAAAGUGGCUGGCUUACCCCGCUUACCGCCCGCCACACCGCAAGACCCCCCCCUUCAUCCUGCACAACCGGCUGUACUACCUCAACGCUGUGGAGUGGGCAGCUAGCGCCAUGGAGAUGAGCGCUAUCUCUGCCAGGAACGUGGCCCUGUUGGCACACCACCGCUGGCACAACCAGGUUAGCAAGAUAGACCAGGAGGACCUGCACACCCGCCUUAGAGGGGAACUUUGAGGAGAGAGAACUACUUGAGAUAAGAACCAAAUGCAAUAAAACACUAUCAUUUAUACACCCACACAGAUACACACAGGCUGCACUGUAACUGUAACACUCCUGUCGUGGGAAAGCCCAACACUUUCAUCAGGUAUCUGGGGUACUAUGCCCUCUUUAAACAUAAAGAAUAAUUCAUGUGUCAUUACAACUUGGGUCUUAUUUUUAUUUUAUUGGUGACAUGCUCACAAAAGUAAACACUGAGAUCUUGGACAUCAGUGAUAACACUACAAGAAAGUCAAACAGGGAUAGAAGGACAAGAGUUAUGAAUAUCAGGUUGUAAACAAUGCAGCUGUUUUGCCUGAUUAUCAUUUUAUAUGGGUUGGUAAUAAUCCAUCAUGGCACAGGAAAACCGUGUGCAGAUAAAUGUUAAAUUAGAAGGUUGUUUGUUAAAGGAUAGGUUCACAGUUUUUCAAGGCUGUCUUAAAACAACAGUCAGUUACCCAAAUGAGUAUUAAUACAGUUUUUCCUUAAUAUAGUCUUCAUACUGGCCAUUAGAAGAUCCCUCUCUAAUAUGCUACCAGUGUAAAUUAUGAUGGAUGAAAAAACAAAAGAAAAGACCUGGAAAACUGUGAUGGAUGUUUACAACAUACAGUUAAUAAUUUUAUUGAUGCCUUUCUUUUCUUUUCCUAAUGAACUGUCUAACCUGGACGUUUGAGACCUAGAUCUCAGCAGCAAACUCAGUGAGUACAAUCUUACUUUAUACAAUGGGAAGGAUGAACAUAACUCUAAAAAUAAGACCCUGUAUUGUAAUAAAGAUGAAUUAUCCUUUUUUAUUAAUCCUAAUAGUAGCCACAGGCCAUCAUUCUCAGUACUGAAACCUGAAGGCAUCACCAGCAACAGCAGCACAAAUCACAUGAAAAAGGUGGAACAACAUUGUCUUGUGCUGAAUUUUGUAAUCACUGUGAACCACACUGGACUGCAGGGUAGACACAUAAGUGUUCCUUUGUCUGUUAAAGUGUCUUUUUCCCCUCCCCCCUAAUGUGCCCUGCUGCUGUUAUGAACACAGUACAGCUAACCUUUAAGAACCUUUGUCACCUUUUGGCCAACUUCCUGCGUAGUAUUCGCUAAUGUAAAGAUGUUCCUGUGUCUUCCGAUGAUUCCGACGAGUCUCUCUACCUCCUCAACAGACUACUGUAUGUGUAGUUAGUGAGUACAGGCAGCUGUCAGCAAGGGAGUUGUGCCAACCAAGAAGAUUUCUGAGUAAAGUGGAUGUUAUUGAUGUCACUGAUGAAAAGCAUUCAUGAGUCCAACUUUUUUUUUUUACUACUUAAAUACACAAAACCAUGAUUGGAGAGUCUAAUCCCAAGAUAAUGUGUACAAAUUGUGAUUUUGCUUGAAUUAAUUAACAUCAAAGUAAUGAUUUUAUGUCUUUAUUAAAUUAUUAUUACUUUCCCUUUUUAAUUAAAAAAAAAAUUUUUUCCUUUCCUGUGUCACUGAGCAUUGCCAGAAGUCUGAUCAGCAGGACCCAGCUAGAAGGAGUUGGAUGCAUUUCUGUAUUUUGUUGUGGGGAAGACUCUUCUUUUAACCUGUUUGGUACUUCUCAUUUAUUGGAUCUGAUGUUUACCAGAUGUAAUGAUUUAAAAAUACUGUUCCUACCUAAACCACUCUAAUGUUCAUCAACCACUUUGGGAAGAAGUGGUAGUUUGCUAAUAGUUUCUUAAGCUUUUUUAGAAGUGUUUUUUUUUUUUAGAUUUUUAGCUUGAGUGUGUGUCAGGACAUACUGUAGCAUAUUAAUAGUGCACUUUAAUUGAUGAGACCCAUGCAAUUACCAAAAAAACAAUAAGAGUAUAGACUUUUUUAACAAAUAAAACAUUUUGACUACAUUUGAUUUGAUUUUAAACAAUACUUAAAUCUCCCAGAGUAUAGUUGUUUUAAAAAUGUUUACAAUCACAAUAAAGUGAUGAG